AUGGUGCAUAUCGAAGAAAGUCUACAAGUGCCACGGGACUUUGAGGGUUUCGGCGAAGAAGGCUUCGACCCAAAGUGGCCAAAUGGCGCGAGGAUAGCUGUGUCGUUCGUGCUGAACUAUGAGGAAGGCGGGGAGCGAUCGGUACUGGAUGGAGACAAAAUGUCAGAACCAUACCUGUGGGAGAAGGGUGCCUCGGGUGGGCACAGGGAAAACGCUCGCUACAUAAACGCCGAGCACGACUUUGAGUAUGGCAGCAGGGCAGCAUCGUGGAGAAUUAUGCGACUUUUCAAGGAGUUUGGUUGGAACUUUACCACUUACGCUGUUGCGGUGGCUCUCCAGAAAAACCCCAAGUUUGCCAAGGCACUGGUGCGCGAGGGCCACGAGGUUGCUGCCCAUGGGCUUAGAUGGAUUGACACGUGGGAUUAUUCCUUGGAGGAAGACAAGGAAUAUAUUAGGAAAGCCAUCUGCCUCAUCAAGGAAGUCACUGGCGAAUUUCCUGUUGGCGCUUAUUUUGGACGUGGAACUCCACAGACUCACAUGCUCUUUCCCGAAGUUUGGAAGAGUGUUGGUGCUGAUUUUUUAUGGUCAUCUGAGUGUUAUAAUGACGACGUGCCAUAUUGGCUCGACUUGCCGCAGGAAAAGAAUCUGCCUGAUGAUGAGAAGAAAGGCAUGCUUCUGAUUCCAUACAACUACGACUGCAAUGACGGAAAGUUCCACAUGUCUCCGGGUUUCGGUAGCUCGGUCGCAGAAACAUACGAGCAAUAUCUGAAAAACACAUUCGACUGCCUAUAUCGUGAAGGCGGUAAACUAAUGAAUAUUCCGUUACACACUCGCAUUAUUGGGAAGCCGGGGAGGUCUGAAGCGCUUCGGAAGUUUAUGAAGUACGUCUCGGAGAAAGAGGGUGUGUGGGUGACUACGAGAAAGGAUAUUGCAAAGCAUAUGCACGAGAACUUCCCAUAUAGACCGAAUGGUGCUUGGGUUACUCAAAGCUAA